AUGAGUAUGCAAAAUCAACUCCCAGUUAUUCGUAACCCAUUAGUUAUACCCGAAAUUCUUGAAAAUAUAUUCAGUUACCUUCCUACAACAGCAUUGGUUAGAGUAACCUAUGUUAGCAAACUAUGGAGAUUAGAGACCAGAAAUAAACUUUAUCAAAAUCGUAAUGAAAUUAUAUAUGAUUUCCAUAAGUGGUUCUUGAACAUAUUCAGGCUUAAUUGGGGUAUUCCUCAAGAAUUAAUGCCAGAUGUUGACGUAUCUAUUGCCAAAGUUAAAAAAUUUCGAGAUACUUUUCAGUUAAAUAUUAGGGCAGAACUACUUAUUAAAAGAGUGCAACUACAGGGUAAGUAUACAUCUAUGGGAUUGGCAUAUAAUGAAAAUUUUCUAGCCUGUGUAGAAUCCCAUAAAUUAUUUCAUGCUGAUCCAGGAAAUAUUGUAAAUUAUGCUAAUUUUCGAAAAUUGGAUAGAGAAUGUAUACUUAUUCAACGUAAUAGAUUCAAUUUACACCGAGAAUUAGUAAACUUUGAGCAUUAUCUAAUAAAUGUGAAUAUAAUUACAGAUCCUAAUGAAGUUGACAUCAUUCUUGAUAAAUGCUCAGAACUUCAGAUUGAGGAGGAAGAAAUGCAAUGGAAUGAUGAUGAUGAGUCAGAGACUCGAAGCUUUGCUUCUCCUGAUCCCAAUUCUGAUGAUUCCUUUAACUUUUGGGAUGAUCCCAAUUCUGAUGAAUUUAUGAACGAAUAUGACCUGACUACUUCUCUGCCAUAA